UGUCCUAUUGAAAUGGAGUACUCCAGGAGUAAGAUGCUACUCAGUGUGAGAAGGGGCGUCAGAAUCUGGGCCAUGUCUAGCACAGUGAUCACACUUGGUGCUAUACAAUGAUCAGAAUAUGCCAGACAUAUAGCAGAGCUCUUGCCUUGAAGAAUUUACAUUCUAAAAGCACAGUGUGGAUAAUAUAGAGCACAAUACAGUUCAGAGAAAGCACAAAGUGGGAUGGUGAUUGUUCUAGCUCGAAUGCUUCACAGGAAAGUUUUUUGAUGGGGAGGGCACUUGGCAUAUGUUAACUAAAGGCUCUUUCAAGGGCUGUGGGCAGUAUGAAAGAGCACAAAUUUAGGAAUAUGUGAAAGAAACAAAGGGAGCAGUCAAGAGAAACCAGUGUCUUUCAAAGUUAGCAGGCAUGUUUGCUGUCCGAGAUCUGUGAGUGGGUUGUCAUCCAUAUACUGAAAAUGUGUUUUCAAGGGCCUAAUUGCUCUGUAACAAUAUUGGUAAAGAGAUAAAACUAUCAGAAUACUCUGUGAUAUUACAUGCAAAUAAGAGUAUUUGUUAAGAUUGUAUGCUACAUGAAUUAAUUCUCCUAAAGAAAAGUGAAGAUAAAAAGCACUAUUAUAAAUGCUAAGCUUUGUGCCUAUUAUUCUUCCCUAGAAAUCCAGUCUGAGAAAUACAAAUCAGUUGUAUUUUGGACUUAUCUUAAUAUUUUACAUAAAGACUUCUCUAAUGAUUUAACAAGAAAUGGUCUUCAAAAAGAAAUCCAGUUACUUUUAUUUCUUUGAAGAUGCCAAUAGCAGUGACUUUGCUAAAAUGAAGUUUUCCUUACCAGCACCGAACUGGGAGGAGACACAGGACAAGAUGCCAAAACAGAAUAAGCUGUCACUACAGACUUCACCAGCUGAGGGUAGUUUGAUAGAAUGCACACUAGAUGACAUAGAGAUGGCUUUUAGGAAAAAGCUGUACUCAACCUAUCAGGACAUUGAAAAAGCCUUCAGAGCAUUUGAUGUCAGUCAGAAUGGAUUUGUGUCUUUGGAUUACUUAAAGUCAGUCAUAAAUGGCUUUAUAUUUCCAUUACCAAAUGGAACUUUUCAAGAGCUAAUGAAUAGAUUUGGAUUUAAAGCCACAGGUAAAAUUGCCUGGCAUCAAUUUUUAGAGAAAUUUCAGGACCCUCUGACAUAUGAAAAUGGACAGACACUUCCUAUAAGAAAGAACCACAGAGUACACCCAAUCAGAGGAAUGGAUGAAGCUUUCUCAAGUAACAGUAUCCUUCUAAAGCUGCGCAGACACAUCCAAAAUGCAUAUCCAUCACUGAAGCAGGCAUUUCUCAUGAUUGAUACAAAACAAGAUGGAAAGAUCACAAGAAAUGAGCUUCGUCGCGUUUUGGACUGCAUCUUAUUUCAAAUAAGAGACAAGGACUUCCAAGACCUAAUCAAGAUAAUUGAUCCAGAACACACUGGGUACCUCAGCUACCAUACAUUUUUAGACUUGUUUGAAGAAAAGGAAUCUCUAAUGGGUCAUAAAUGGCUUAAUGGAACAAAGGAAGUUAAGAAGCCACCUUCUCUUGUUCUAGCUUGGGAUACUGUGGAAGACAUUCUUUCGGAUAAAAUCACAGAAAAUUGGAAAGACUUCCACAAGGCUUUGCAGACCUGUGACCCUAAAUGUACAGGCAUUAUUAGCAGAAAUCAGCUAAGAAAAAUUGUACAUAUAUAUUGUCCCUCUUUGUCCGAUGAACAAUUUACAAAACUAUGCCAUAAAUUUCAAGAUAUUUCUCCUGAUGGGAUCCUUUACAGGAUGCUUUUGGAGAGCUUAGGAGUUGCUGUUUUACCGGGUGACUUAACUGGUAUCAGCACACAGAUCUCAAAGGGAAGUCAACAGAGAGAAGAAAAAAGACAAACAGAUCUUUCAGAGAGAAUGAAACAGAUUGAAGAUCAAGCCAAUAAGCAUACCAAGAAUAGAACUGUUGAUGAAGUAAUUGAAAGGCUCAAGGACAGUGUGAUACAACAGGAAGCAACUAUUAAAGACAGCUUUCUUGCCUACAACAAGCAACCAAAUGGAAAAAUUAGUAAAGAUGAUUUCCGGAAGGUGUUGGAAGAUCAUGGGAUGCCAAUGGAUGAUAGCCAGUUUAAUCUACUGACUGAGAAAUUAGGAUUCCCAAAUGGAGGGCUGAGUUAUCUUGAUUUUGUAGCAGUAUUUGAAGAUCCCAGACUGAAUGGACCAGGAGCUACAUUAUAUUGCAGUCCAAAACACCGAGUAAAUAGCACUAAAUUUCACUACAUGACUGCUGAAGAAUGUCUAAGUCAAUUUAAUGAUAAACUGAUGGAAGGAUAUGGGGACACCUACUCUGCCUUCCGUAAAACAGAUAGUAACCGUGAUGGUAUCAUCAACAUGCUUGAUUUUCGACACCUCCUGGAGAGCUUUGUGUUCAUCCUUACAGAUGAGGAGUACUCACGACUACUUGGUAUAUUGGGCAUGAACCUGAACUCUACAUUAAAUUACCAGGAAUUCCUUCAACUGUUCCAGAACCAAGAAACAAAAGAGGCACAUCCUUGGCUGAAUCCAUCUCACAAACCAAAACAGACAGUAACGGAUGCAGAACUAGCUUGUGAUCAGGCUCAUUACUAUCUUGUUAUCAAAGCACAGACCAGAUGGCAUGACCUAGCAAGGACUUUCCGUGAGUUUGAUAGCGAAGGCAAUGGCAUUGUGCAGCCAGAGGAUUUGAGAGCUGUCUUGUUCAGAUUUGCCAUUCCAAUCACCCCAAAAGAAUUUGAAAAGCUUUGGGCAAGGUAUGAUACAGUUGCAAAAGGCUACCUUACUCACCAAGAAUUUCUGCAGAAAUUGGGGUUAGAGUUUGCACCAGCUGACACCGGACUAAGCAGACAUAUUGUGGAAGACAAUUAUGCAAGUUUAAUGGAGCAUUACAGUAAUCAGCAAAAGAAGCAUUUGGAGAUGGAAGAGCAGCAGAAACAGCAAACUAAAGCCCUACAUGUCAGUGAGAUUAAAAAGCAGAUCAAGGAUAAAUUUAGGGACUACUUCCAAGACUUCAACAAGGCCUUUUAUAGACUGGAUAAAAAUAAAGAUGGCUAUAUAACAGUAGAUGACCUACGCAGGAUGCUGCAAGAAUUCAACUAUUAUCUUGAUGAUGAACAGUUCACCAGUCUUCUAAACAGUUUAGGAAUCAGUAUUCAUGACAGCAAGCUCUCUUAUUUUGAUUUCCUGAGAGCGAUUGAUGAUGGCAGAGCAUCUAAAUACCAGAAGAGACAAAAGCAUGCUGCACCACCUGCAAGCUUUGCAAUGCUCAGCUUAGAAAAGACUCUAAUUAAGAUAAAAGAAAUAGUUACAUCUUCUUAUGAUUUGUUAUACAAGGCAUUUUCUCUGUUUGAUAAAGAAGGCACUGGGGCAAUUAAAGCACUGGAAUUCCGCCAGGUACUUGACCAUUUCUGCUUUAAACUAUCGGACAGGCAAUUCAGGCACCUACUCAAGAAGCUAAGGAUUUAUGAAAAUCAUACAAUAGACUGGAAAUUUUUCCUGAAAAAUAUCAAUCUCCUCUUAGAGACUGAGGAAGGGCAGAAAGUCGCUCAGCCUAAAUCUUCUCAGGAGCUGUCAAAGAAAGAUAUCCUUACACGUAUACAAGAAGUAGUGACUGCUCGCUUUAACACCAUUGCACGAGAGUUUAAAGAUAUCGAUUGUGAGAAAGUUAAUACAGUAUCAAAAGAGGACUUCCGGGGUAUUUGCAACCGUCAGUUUCUGCUUCUGACAGAUGAACAAUUUGAAAACCUCUGGAAUACAGUGCCUGUUGAUGCCGAUGGAAGACUGAAGUACUGUGAUUUUUUGAAGAAAUUCAACUCCGAAGUAGUGACAAUGCCAUCAGAUACUCCAUCCACAAACAAUGCUCCAUGUUCCUCCAAGCCCACUACCCCUGCUGAGCCUGGGUCAGGGUUACCUUCUCAACCUUCACGUCCCAAGACAGCAUCUUCUCCAUUAGGUCAAGUAAAAACUCCAAUGUCCAGCCGGCCUCGUACUGCAAUGGCAUGGUCCCCACCUUUACUGAACUGCGAACCAAUAGAAAAUAAAAUAAGAAAGAUCAUUCAACAUUCCUGGAGAGAAAUACUGAAAGACUGUAGAGAAAAGGAUGUUGACCGACUAGGAGAAAUCUCAACAUCCGAUUUCUUAGCCAUAGCAGAGAAGUUCAGUUUGGAUUUAAGUAAAGAAGAGAUUAGCCAAAUAGCAACAAAAUACGACAUUAAGAACAAUGACAAAUUUGCAUACUGUGACUUUCUCCAAAGCUGUGUCCUAUUAAUGAAACCACAAGAAAGUUCAUUGCUACAAAGGAUGAUCAUUCAGAAGCCACGAAUACCGAGGAGUCCUGGACCGCAGAGCCUGACAUUUUUCAAUGCAAUGCUAAGAAUUCAACCCCAGAUCUUGCACUGCUGGAGACCGAUGAGACGAACGUUUAAAUCCUAUGAUGAAAGUGGGAGCGGGCUGUUAAGUGUUCAGGAUUUCAGGCAGGUGCUGCGUCAGUAUCACAUCAACCUGACUGAGGAAGAGUUUUUUCACAUUUUGGAAUUUUAUGAUAAAUCAUUAUCUUCAAAAAUGUCCUAUAAUGAUUUCCUCCGGGCAUUCUUGCAAUAGGAAAUGGAAGGUGUCAUCAAAUGCAAGAAACUAUAGAUAACAGAGCUAAUGACUGAUUUAUAAUUUCUAAUUAAUAAAUUAACCAACUAUAGCUUUUCUUUUUGCAUCAGCAAUCUCAAAAUACUUACAAUUCUGACAAAUACAGUGGCCAUAGGUUGUAGAGCAAAUCUACAUGACAGAACUAUUAAUAUUCACAUAAUCCAUUUAUCUGAGACCUUACAGGCAUCUGCAAAAGAAAUACAAUUAAGAAAAUAUUUUUUGUAAUUAAAGUUUUAUUAAUUAACCCCCCUUUUUAAUUUCAAUAAAGAUUUGAAAGGCCUACUAUUCACUUUUAUAAGAUAUAAUAGAAAUAAUACAUUUGGAAAAUUAUAUAAUCCUUCAUUAUUAGAAAAUUAUCUGCUUUACAAUCUCUUUCCUCCCACUUGAUCAUGCAGUGACAUAUUUAGAUCUCCAGUAGCUUUAUAUGUUGACAUGGAACAGCUAUUAUACUCUGAAAAGACACACUAGCUGUGCCUUGACGUGUCAUCUUUUUCCAAUGAAACCUUUCCCCAUAAUUUUCCCAUAUUUGAACAUAAAAAUGGAAGUUAAAAAUAAAAUUAGAAAGAGCUAAUUUGCCAUUCACUAUUGUAUUUGUCACUGCAAAUGUGGAAGUGUAUACCUCUAACUUGCGUCUCCUCAUGUUAACCCAAGAUUUAUUUUUAUGGAUUUUUAUGGAUAAACUAUUUUUCAUAAUGUAUAGUGCACUAAAAGUAAAAUAUCCAGUUAGAUUUAUUGGUUUUGUGAAAGUGAAUAGUUUGAGCACCUAUUAGAAAAUUAUGGGGAAAGGUUUAAAUGGAAAAAGAUAACAUGUCAAGACACAGCUAGUGUGUCUCUGGUAUAUGUAGAUUUUAAAAGAGAAAUUAAAAGAUAAUUAAUUUGGCUGCCAAUCUCUUUGGUAAGCAGUGAACUUAUGAUCAGCAGGUUCUGUUUUCUGGGCUUAUAUCAAGACUCAAAUGGGUACAUUCAGUAACUAUUAGGACAGUACAUCUCUUUGUGGCAUCUUGGAUCUGUUCUCUGCCACUCGGUCAUUUUCACUAAUCUACUGAAGAGCUCUAUGUCACCACAAUAUGUGGUGGCUUUCCAUGUUUCUUUGCUUUCCUUCAAAUAAAAAAUAAAGUUAUUUUUAAAAAAAGAGAAAGAAACCUCUCAAAGAACAAGUUCUAGAUUGAUAGGUGAGUCUCUUCAGUCAUUGUCUAGAAAGUGAUCAGUGGUAGGAUGCUUGAAUGAAGGCAUAAAAGGUGCAAACAUUUUCUAUACCUAACAUUUUUAAUGCAUUUAUAGCAACAUCUUAAAAAGAGUUGGUAAAGUAGCACCAAAGAUUUCAAUACAAAGCAGAGUAACUACUAACUGGGGUAAUGCACAUCCAAACAAUUUCUCUUUCUUAUUGCUGGUGAACUUGCCGGCCAUUACUAUGGGUCUGAUCCAAAGACCAUUGAAGUCAGCUGAAAGAUUCCCACUGACUUUAAUGGGGUUUGAAACAGGCUUUGUCUGAGGAAAUACUUAAUCUCAUUUGAAACUUCAAAGAAGAUGUUUGGUGGAUUUUAAAUGAAAAGUGUUAAUGAGACUUGGGGUUGUUUGGCUUUGGUGAUUUUGGUUCUUGAUCUCUCAUAUCAAUAUGAUCUGUAUUUUGUUUAUCACACACAGUUCAGGAACACUUGUUAUAUAUUCAAGGAAUGAUACUUGAAAAUUGAUACACUUGAGAUAGUAACACAAAGGAUACUUUGUUACAUUUUCUUUGAAAAGUAUUUCCCACAUAUAAAUCCAUUCAAUGAGAACUGCAUUUAGUGCUUAGGUAUAUAACUAGAAUGAUGUAAGGGGGUUCUCCUCUACCAACCCAAUGUGCAAAAGUUCCAAGUUCCAUUUACAGGUAAUUUAUAUGGAUUCACAUAAAUAAAAGAAUCUAAAAUCCAUUUAACCUUUUUAUCUUUAAUUUUAUUCUGAAAACUGAUCUCAAGACUUUAGUUUUUUACGAAUAUUUUCCACACUUAAUGUACAUCAGUCAAUGAAAUUCAAAUGCAAUAUACCUGUAUUGAGUUGUGUUAUUUCUAUGCUGUUUGCAGUUGUAAAAGAAUUAAUUUUCACCAAAUUUACUAUUUGGAGUAUACCUAAACAAAGUAUAAUAAAAAUCAAAAC